GUUUUUUAUUUAUAGAGUGGGGGAGGGGUUAGCUGACUGUAAGUUCGCCCUAGUCCGUCCGUGGUGAACGGAAGCACAAUCCCGAAGAGAAACUUCAGGGGCCGGUGGAAGUUGAACUUCGGCGCUCUCUUUCCGGCUGCUUCUGACGGGGCCAUUGUUCCUUAGAUUCGUUACCGCAACGGCAAGUGAACAAAGACCUCCGGUGUAACUCUCUCGAUCAUGGGUUCAGAUGCAGAUAUGGAAGAUUACGGGUUCGAGUACUCAGACGAGGAGCCUGAGGAACAAGAUGUUGAUAUCGAGAACCAGUACUAUAAUUCCAAAGGUCUGGUUGAGUCGGAUGCCCAAGAAGCACUCUCUGGAUUCGCAGAAGUAGUCCGCAUGGAACCAGAAAAGGCCGAGUGGGGCUUCAAAGCGCUAAAGCAAACAGUGAAGAUUUACCAUCGUCUGGGGAGGUAUAAAGAGAUGAUGGAUGCUUACAGGGAAAUGCUUACAUAUAUUAAAUCGGCUGUGACAAGGAAUUACAGUGAGAAGUGCAUAAACAAUAUAAUGGAUUUUGUUUCGGGAUCAGCCAACCCAAACUUCAGUCUCUUGCAAGAGUUCUAUCAGACAACUUUGAAGGCCCUUGAAGAGGCAAAAAAUGAGAGACUGUGGUUCAAGACAAACCUUAAACUUUGCAAGAUUUGGUUUGAUAUGGGUGAAUAUGGUCGGAUGAGUAAGAUCUUGAAGGAGCUCCAUAAAUCUUGCCAAAAGGAAGAUGGUACAGAUGACCAGAAGAAGGGCAGCCAGCUUCUUGAGGUCUAUGCAGUUGAGAUCCAAAUGUAUACAGAGACAAAGAACAACAAGAAGCUCAAGAAUUUCCAGCAAUUAUACCAAAAAGCACUUGCAAUCAAGUCAGCUAUUCCACAUCCAAGAAUUAUGGGAAUAAUUCGCGAGUGCGGUGGGAAGAUGCACAUGGCAGAGCGUCAGUGGGCUGAAGCGGCAACAGAUUUCUUUGAAGCUUUUAAGAACUAUGAUGAAGCUGGAACUCAAAGACGCAUACAAUGUCUAAAAUACCUGGUCCUUGCCAAUAUGCUGAUGGAGUCUGAAGUUAAUCCGUUCGAUGGUCAAGAGGCAAAGCCAUAUAAAAAUGAUCCAGAGAUCCUCGCAAUGACCAACCUUGUUGCAGCAUACCAGCGGAAUGAGAUUCUGGAGUUUGAGAAGAUCCUUAAGAGCAACAGGAAAACGAUAAUGGAUGAUCCCUUCAUUAGAAACUACAUUGAAGAUUUACUGAAGAAUGUCAGGACUCAAGUGCUACUCAAGCUGAUUAAACCUUAUACAAGAAUCCGCAUACCUUUCAUCUCAAAGGAACUCAACGUGCCAGAAAAGGACGUGGAACAGCUUUUGGUGUCGCUCAUACUUGACAAUCGCAUCGAUGGGCACAUUGACCAGGUCAAUCGGCUGUUAGAACGUGGCGACAGGUCAAAGGGAAUGAAGAAGUACACUGCAGUCGAGAAGUGGAACACGCAGCUUCGAUCUCUUUAUCAGACUGUCAGCAAUCGUGUUGCUUGAUUCAUUGGUGGGAGUUUUUCUGGUGAACACAAUCCAAGUUUAGUCUAUAGAUGUUUGAGGCAAAGCUAUAUGGUGAGGAAGAAGAAGGCUGGGGGGAAAAAAAAACGUUUUAGUGGUAAUUGGAUUGAGAAGUUAUACUUCCAAAUGAUAGCGAUCAAUCCCUUUUUGCAGAAAAAAACCAAGCAGUAUAAGGAUGUACAAAUUUCAUUGUGUACUGAACUACUGAUGGUUUUGAGUUUAACAUUAUGAAAACAUAUCAGGGUCUCCGUCGCGACCUGAUCGAAGCUUUGCGGGUUUCUCUGUUUUGUGCAAUCAGCCGAGUUUGUUGGUUGUUGUGAUGUUUCCCUAUGUUUUCAAUAACUAUCCUUUAGGAGCACAAGACUCCCAGUCUAUCUUCAAUGACACCAA